AUGCUGCCAAUCCCGGACAACCUCCCGUAUCCCAUCGAGGAGAAGACAUGGGGGAAAUCCGUCGAUACACUGGAUGAAAAGAACCAAACGGAAGGAAUACUAAACGGCCAUAUAACUUGUGUACUACGGGCAUGGAACAUGAUGCGCAUUACCGACCGUGCCCUAUGGAACGAUUUUCGCGAAGAAUUCGAUGGAUGGACUCAGGACACAUUGAAGGUGGCAAGCAAAACCGCAUUAAAGAUGCUUCGACUUCAUUUGACAACCAAUGGAGUAUGGAUCAAGAUAGCUAUAGGGGUAUCAUACGCGAAGGGAUUGUAUGACUGUCUCCAGGAGGACACUCAACACGAAUGGACUAAAGAAGACAUCGAGGCCCAUCUGAAAGAGCACCCAGAUAACUUCAACUCCAGAUGGAACCCUGCACGCGGCCAAUCAUCGACUAUCCACCUAAAUGCCCCAGCAGCACGAGCUAUUUCGGUAAACCCACCAGAUCUCCAAACCCCACAACCUAGUAUUGCGAAACCACACGUCGAGCGAACCGACCAUGGAUGGGAAGAAGCCAGAUCCACAACGCUUGACACAGCCUAUACGGGUAGCCACAUACAGCAACAACCUAGUCACGACAGAGCCCAACAAAAUACCCAAGAUAUGCCGCUACCGAGAAUGGUCGAAGCAAUCACGAGGCAAUAUAGUAAUACGGACGACAAGUACGGUGGAGGACUGUAUGACGACCUCAACACGAAAUUGGUCAGGUUCUACGACAUCUGUGAAAAGAUCGGCCUACGGGAACAUCAAUUCCAUAUUGCGUUCUCGCUUAUGCUCAAAGGGAAAGCAGAGAAGUUUUAUUUCACAAGGAUCAAGGGGAAGGCAAAAGAUUUUCCGACAAUGGUAGAGAUGAUGAGGGCCCACUUUGACACAGAAGAAAACCGUCAAAGAUCUAUCACUGAAUGGAGAGAGGCCACCUUUCCGAGAAUAAUUGCACAGAAUCCGGAGAAGUCGCGCUCGGAAUGCCUCGAGAUACUGUUCGAAACACUCGAGAAGAUCCAGCCAGGAUUGCCCCCAGAACACCGGUCGGAGACGACCCUACGGGAACAAACUAUAAAUGCCUGCAGAGGUGUCGAGGAAUGCAAAUUCUCUAUAUAUAGGCCGGCGAGCACCUUGGAAGGAGUACAAGCUGAACUGCGAUCAGCAGUUGCCAAUGCGACUCUUUCAUCACAGUCGGGGCAAUUUCAAGCUCAUGAGGAGUACGACGUAUAUGAUCAACAUUGGACUGACCGCACAUACGGAGGGAGAGGUCGCGGGUACAGCCGUGGAGGUUACAACCAGCGCAGAGGAAGCUAUGGAUACGGGAGCAACCGUGAACUCACUCCCUUUCGUGGAUCAGGACCGCGAGGAGGCUACCGCGGAAGUCCACGGGGCAAUCAAGGAUCCCGCCAAGGGAGAUGCUAUAUCUGUGGACGACCAGGAUGCUGGUCGAAGUAUCAUACCGGAGAAGAACGAAAACGAUCCCUCGACAAUUUCCGCCAGCAACACUACUUUACGACGGGCCAGACAGCCACCCCACAGGCCUUCCAAAUGUUCAUCAGCGACUUUGAAGGCACGGAGAAGAUCGAAGGGCUAGACGACAGCGAUAGUCAUGACCCUACCCAGAUGCUUGCAACUAUAACUAUUGAGGAUGAUAAGCACGAGGGGUUCGUGACUGAACUCGGAGAAGUCGAUGGAACAAGAAUGAUAUCCAUCCUGAACGAUCAGGCAGUAUACCACUUCUUCACCAAGGACGACAUUUUUCAGCAGCGACAAGCCGACGGGCAGGCUAUGGAAGUGUUCACACUCGAUAACCGAUAUUCAUCCGACACGUUCCAAGGCAUCAUGCCAGACACUGGAGCCUCUGGGGUUUCGUCCGCUGGAGAACCUCAAUUCAGGGCAUUAUGCAAGCUUGACCCCAAAGUCAAGCUUAAUACAUUUCGGGCUGCGGAACAGAAGAUCAAAUUCGGAGACGGGGAUCCAAAACCCUCUUUAGGGACUGCUGAUGUCGAUACCCCGAUUGGCACCAUUACGUUUCAUAUCCUACCCACGAACACACCAUUCCUCUUCUGCCUCAAGGACAUGGAUGCUAUGGGGGUGGAGCUCCGAAACAAGAAAAACGUGCUCGAGAGAGGAGACAAGAGAGUACCCAUCGUACGUAAAUGGGGACACCCAUGGAUGUUGCUGCACAAUCUAGAGGAGAUAGCAGCAUGGAGCCACCUUACCGAAACGGAACUACGACAACUCCACCGACGUUUCGGACACCCAUCAGUGCGGAGAUUAACUCGAAUCCUUCAACGCGCUGGGCACGACGUAAAUUCACAGUGCGUGGACUAUCUCACGAAAUUCUGCCACCAUUGCCAGAUGAAAGGUAAAUCCCCAGGACGAUUCAAGUUUACCCUGAAAGAUGACUAUGAAUUCAACUACUCAGUUAUCGUCGACGUCUUAUACCUCGAAGGAAAACCCGUUUUACAAGUCAUCGAUGCAGCCACAUCGUUUGGCGCUGCGAGAUUUCUGAGAGAUAUGUCUGCACGCAAUUCUUGGGACACACUUCGUGCAUGCUGGAUCGAUACCUACCAGGGACCACCGGACUAUGUUGUACACGACGCGGGGAAGAACUUCAUAUCUACAGAGUUCAAGCAGCUUGCAUCUUCAAUGUCGAUCAAGAUCAAGGAGGUCCCCGUGGAAGCCCACAACAGCGUAGGGAAAGUGGAACGAUACCAUGCACCACUGCGCCGCGCCUACGAAAUUCUCAGGAAGAGCUCAAGGACGAGAAUAUUGACAGGGAAAUGA